AUGUGAAGAAGGACUGGUCAGAUCACGCGCUGUGGUGGGAGAAGAAGAAGACCUGGCUGCUAAAGACGCACUGGACGCUGGAUAAAUACGGCAUUCAGGCCGACGCAAGACUGCUCUUCACGCCGCAGCACAAGCUGUUGCGCCUGCAGCUGCCCAACAUGAAGCACAUGAGGGUGAAGGUCAACUUCUCUGACCGUGUCUUCAAGGCCGUGUCCGACAUCUGCAAAACCUUCAACAUCCGGCAUCCUGAGGAGCUCUCCUUACUGCGCAAGCCCCGCGACCCCAAGAAGAAGAAGAAAAAGCUGGAGGAGGCGGAGGAGGAGGCGCUGGAGCUGGAAGGACCAUUGCUCACUCCUGGGUCAGACUCUGAGAUACUAUACAUUGGACCAGUAAAAGGAAGCAUCUAUUCUAGUCCUGGACUUUACAGCAAGACCAUGACACCUACCUAUGACUCUCGGGACGGCAGCCCUCUGUCCCCCACCACAGCGUGGUUUGGAGACAGUCCGCUGUCAGAAGGCAAUCCCAGCAUCCUCGCUGUCAGCCAGCCCAUCUCCUCACCCGACAUUCUGGUCAAGAUGUACAAACCACAGUCCCUCCUGGACAAGGCCAAGAUCAACCAGGGGUGGCUGGACUCCUCCAGAUCACUGAUGGAGCAGGAUGUGAAGGAGAACGAGGUUCUUCUGCUCCGGUUCAAGUACCACAGCUUCUUUGACCUCAACCCAAAGUAUGAUGCCAUCAGGGUGAACCAGCUGUAUGAGCAGGCCAAGUGGGCCAUCCUGCUGGAGGAGAUCGAAUGCACCGAGGAGGAGAUGAUGAUGUUCGCCGCCCUGCAGUACCACAUCAACAAGCUGUCCAUCAUGUCUUCAGACAAUCACAUGAACAACAGUGAGAAGGAGGUCGAUGAGGUUGAUGCAGCUCUGUCAGAUCUGGAGAUCACUCUCGAGGGAGGAAAGACAUCCAACACGAUGGGUGACAUCACAUCCAUUCCUGAACUGGCUGACUACAUGAAAGUCUUCAAACCAAAGAAACUCACUCUGAAAGGAUACAAGCAGUACUGGUGCACGUUCAAGGACAUCACAAUCUCCUGCUACAAGAGCCGCGAGGAGGCCCAUGGCACGCCGGCGCACCAGAUGAACCUGAGAGGCUGUGAAGUCACACCAGAUGUGAACAUUUCCGGUCAGAAAUUCAACAUCAAGUUGCUAAUUCCUGUAGCAGAUGGUAUGAAUGAGAUCUGGCUGCGGUGUGAUGCUGAGAAGCAGUACGCUCAGUGGAUGGCGGCUUGCCGUUUGGCCUCCAAAGGGAAGACGAUGGCAGAUAGUUCCUACAACUUGGAGGUCCAGAACAUUCUGUCCUUCCUGAAGAUGCAGCACAUGAAUCCUGAUCCUCAGAUCAUAGAGCCCAUCACCACCGACAUCAACCCUGAGUGCCUGGUGUCUCCACGAUACCUGAAGAAGUACAAGAACAAGCAGCCAGGCUUUGUCAGGGACUUGAUUUCCGCCCGUAUUCUGGAAGCCCAUCAGAAUGUGGCGCAGAUGAGCCUCAUCGAGGCCAAGAUGCGCUUCAUACAGGCCUGGCAGUCCUUGCCAGAGUUUGGAAUCACCCAUUUUCUUGCCAAGUUCCAGGGGGGCAAGAAAGACGAGCUGAUUGGCAUCACCUACAACAGACUGAUCCGUAUGGACGCCAGCACAGGAGACGCCAUCAAGACCUGGCGCUUCAGCAACAUGAAGCAGUGGAACGUUAACUGGGAGAUUAAGAUGGUGACGGUGGAGUUUGCAGACGAGCCCAGUCUGGCGUUCAUCUGUGCCGAGGUGGACUGCAAAGUGGUGCACGAGUUCAUCGGCGGCUACAUCUUCCUGUCCACGCGUGCCAAGGACCAGAACGAGUCUCUAGACGAGGAGAUGUUCUACAAGCUGACCAGCGGCUGGGUCUGAGCGCCGCAACACUCACUCUUUCACACCUCUUCUUCUUCUUCUCCUUCAUCUCUUUUUAACCACUCCAUCGUGGCCGCAUCAUAACUGUUUGUUUUUUUUAAUUCUGUUUAUGCGCAUGAAUGCGUUCAAAACACUAGCAGACAUGAAGCUCUGUUUCAGCAGAGCCGUUUGCUGCUUCCCUCCAGAAGUGAUUUGAGAGUUUGAGAUGAAGCGAUAGUAGCUGACCGUUAUACACGA